GUUUGGCAUACUGUGAAGACUAAAGCAGAUAUGACUAAUAUUGCGGACCAUUGGGACGUCAUGGUUGCUGGAAUUCUCCCAAUGGCUAGGAAGUCGAGCGUGCAAAGUGUUAUAGCAAAACUGGUGCUAGCGGCUACUACAUACUAUAUCUGGGAUGAAAGAAAUGCUAGGCUUUUUCGUCAACAGAAAAGAACUUGUGAUCAGCUGCUAGUGGAAAAUGAGGCGUGGCAUGUCACCCUCGUCUGUUAUUUGCUGUUUAGCAUGGAUGUUUCUUUCAUUUGCCAGUUUGCAGAGUUGGGAAAGCUUAUCCGUGAGCUAAAACAAAUCCUAUAUGGGAACAGUGAAGCUGAGCCGGUUUCAGAGGCUUGUGCUCAACUCACCCAAGAAUUCUUCAGAGAAAACACACUCCGCUUGUUAAUAAUCUGUCUUCCAAAGUUGAAUUUAGAAGCUCGUAAGGAUGCUACUCAGGUUGUUGCCAACUUACAGCGGCAACAAGUACAGUCACGCUUGAUUGCAUGUGACUAUUUGGAGGCCAACAUUGAUCUUAUGGAUAUUUUGGUAUCAGGUUACGAAGACACUGAUAUGGCAUUACAUUAUGGUGCUAUGCUAAGGGAAUGCAUACGUCAUCAAAGUGUUGCUAGAUAUGUAUUGGAAUCUGAGCAUAUUAAGAAGUUCUUUAACUUUAUUCAGCUUCCAAAUUUUGAUAUUUCUGCUGAUGCAGCGGCAACGUUCAAGGAGCUCAUGACGCGACACAAGUCUACUGUGGCAGAGUUUCUGUCUAAAAACUAUGACUGGUUUUUUGCAGAGUACAAUGCAAAGCUUCUUGAGUCUCCAAAUUACAUAACCAGAAGACAAGCUAUCAAGCUAUUGGGAGAUAUGCUGCUAGAUCGUUCAAAUUCUGCUGUAAUGACGCGAUAUGUGAGUUCCAGGGACAACUUGAGAAUAUUAAUGAACCUACUCAGGGAGUCAAGCAAGAGCAUUCAGAUAGAAGCAUUUCAUGUUUUUAAGUUAUUUGCAGCCAACCAGAAUAAGCCAGCUGACAUCGUUGGCAUACUUGUUACAAACAGGAGCAAGCUUCUCCGUCUCUUCGCUGAUUUUAAGCCAGAUAAAGAGGAUGAACAGUUUGAGGCUGACAAAGCCCAAGUGGUUAGAGAAAUUGCUGGUCUUGAACCCCGAGACUGACCCUGAUCAACCCAUAUUGUUUUUAUAAUAGUAAUAUUUGGUUUAUGUUAUCCCUAAAGUUAUCUGUCAACUAGGGACAACUUUUUCUUUGCCAUUAUGUUGUUUCUUGUAUGUCUGUCCCAGAAAAUAAAGUAUUUGAAUGUAUAAGAUUAUGCAUGUUAUUGUAGUAAACUAGUCUUCGUUGCAAGGAUAAUGAAAAUUCUUUUAAUUCACUUAUUCAA